AUGUUGUUGAGCCUGUUGACCGUGUCUAUCGCUAGAGGUGCUGGUGCCUUUGGUGGCUGCUUCAUCCCUUCAGCGCGUUGGCCCCUUUUCCCUAUUCGCCACUCAUCUUUAUCAGGCGCUGGUGUGGUGUCGAUGAGCAGCGGCAAGGAGGGCAAGCGCAAGAACGAGCCCUCGGCGGCGGCUGCCUCGUCUGCAGCCGGCGGCGGCGAGGCAUUCAAGCGCGCCCGUCCGGAGGACGUCAAGUUUGAGGUGAGGGUGCGUCAGUGACAAUCACACCACCCACCCAGACACACUUGCAUGGGCCUUGCUUGCCUGUGUGAUGCAUCGGCGUGUGCAGGAGAAGAGGUGCCGCGAGUUGAAUGAGGUGAAGGUGUCGAGUGCGGGUGACGGUGCGGUGCUCUACUGGAUGUCCAGGGACCAACGAGUGCAGGUAGACGUGAUACCUGGGAGGGACUCAAUGCAUUACCAGGCAGACAGGGGGAAGGCCGGAGGGCGGGAGGGAGGGAGGGAGAUCUGUGCACUGACCGACACAUUGCAAUCUGUGUGUGUGUGUGUGUGCUCGUGCAGGACAACUGGGCGUUGAUCAAGGCGCAGCGGCUGGCGAUUGAGCGCAACACAGCGCUCUAUGUGAGCUUCUGCCUGGUACCCAGGUUCCUCGAGGCCGCCUAUCGCCAAUACGCAUUCAUGGUCAGCCAGAGCCGGGAACCCCUCACUGCCACCCUCACACUCCAUCCCUACUGUGUAUGGGUGUGUGCGUGUGUGUGGGUCAGAUUAAGGGUCUGAAGGAGGUAGAGAGUGAGUUGCGGGACCUGAACAUUCCCUUCCAUCUGCUCAUCGGCUUCGCCAAGGACGCCCUGCCCCCGUUCAUCCAGCAGCACCGCAUCUCCGUUGUCGUCACGGACUUCUCGCCCGUCCGGUCAGCACACAACCACGGCACACUAGCCGAGCAAGGAACAACACAGGAAGCCUUUUAUGUUCUGUGUUUGUCCUUUCCCCGCCUGCAGUGUGCCGAUGCAGUGGUACCGGGAUGUGGCUGCGUCGCUGGAGCAGUCGGGUGUGCCGCUGAUCCAGGUGGAUGCGCACAACGUGGUGCCCCUCUGGGUGACCUCCAGCAAGCAGGAGUACGGCGCACGCACCAUCCGGGGCAAAAUCCAGGGCGUCCUCAGCCACUACCUCACCCAGUUCCCGGCUGUCAAGGGGCACCCCAUCGCACCACCCGAGGGCGCCUUCGCCGAGCCGUUCGACCUGCAGGCCACGCUGGACUCGCUCGAGGUGGGCGCGUGCACGCGGGAUGAUUGACGACCGGAUGGAUGUGUUACGCAUGUGGUGUGUGGGUGUGUGGGUGUGUGCAGGUAGAUCGUGAAGUGGGUGAGGUGGACUGGGCCACUCCGGGCACUUCUGCUGGACUGGCCAUGCUAGAGGACUUCUGCAGGUGGGUCACGCAGGAGAAAUGUUUGAGGAGGAAGAGCAUGCCUGUGUGUGUAUGUGUUGUAUAUUCAGGAAUCGUCUCAAGAUGUUUGCCGACAGCCGCAACGACCCGACCAAGAACUCCCUGAGCAACCUGUCGCCAUGGAUACACUUCGGACAGAUCUCUGUCCAAAGGUACGACACAGACAGAGACACAUGCUGCAUUGUUACCCACUGCCCGCUUGUUUGCGGCCUGGCCGUGUGUGUGUGUGCCAACCAGGUGUGUGUUGGAUGUGCAGGCGUAUGUGCGAGCCAACCCGAGCCCCGCCCUCUCCAAGGGCAAGGAGGCAUACGUAGAGGAGGCUGUCGUGCGCAGAGAGGUACACACAGCACAACACAACACAAAUGCGGCAACACAAUGGCAACCGAGAGACAAGUGUUGACGUGUGUUGUCUUGUGUGUGUGUGUGUGUGUAUGGGUCAGUUGUCGGACAAUUUCUGCUUCUACAACCCGAACUACGACAGCAUAGAGGGUGCAGCGGACUGGGCCAAGCAGAGCCUGGAGCUGCACAAGAAGGACAAACGCGAAUACAUCUACACGUACGCGCGUCAACCGGAAGCUGGAGGGCGCCAUGUCUAACCUGUCCUUUUGUCUGUGUGUGUGUCAGCCGUGAUGAGUUUGCUGCGGGCAAGACGCACGACGAUUUGUGGAAUGCGGCUCAGCUGCAGAUGGUGCAGGAGGGCAAAAUGCACGGAUUCCUGCGCAUGUACUGGUGAGCGACCCAAGGACCGACCUGUCAUGCAGCGAUGGAUGGAUGGCACUCACACUCGCCGUGUGCGAACCUGAUGUAUUUCUCUCCCUCUCUCUGGGUGUGUGUGAUGCGAUGUGAUGUGAUAGGGCCAAGAAGAUCUUGGAGUGGUCCCCCUCCCCCGAGGAGGCGCUGGCCACGGCCAUCUACCUCAACGACAAAUACGAACUAGACGGACGGUACACACACACACUGCUAUCCUUCCAUCCAUCCUCGUCUGUGUCUCCAUUUAUUCCGUCUGUCUCUUUGGUCAGUGACCCCAACGGCUACGUUGGCUGCAUGUGGAGCAUCGCAGGCAUUCACGACCAGGUAGGCCAGGCAGGCAGGCCACCACACACUUUCAAAUGCAGCACACAGCAGCCCAUGGCCCACCUGGCUGUGCUGUGCAUGGUUGUGUCUUCUUUUCAGGGUUGGGCAGAGCGUUCGGUGUUCGGCAAGAUCCGCUUCAUGAACUAUGCCGGCUGCCAGAGGAAGUUCAAGGUCGACGACUUCGUCAGAAAGUGAGUAGGGAGACAGCCAGGCACAGACUGCUGACGUGUGAUGCCAUGUGGUCUGUCUGUGUGUGUGUGUGUGCGUGUGAAGGUAUCCAAAGGCGGCUGCCAAUGCCCGCGAGGCCAACGCCAAGAAGCCCGGCGCGCUCAACUUCCCGAAAGCCAAAUGAGCGUGUGGGAGGGAAGGGCCCCGUAGCUGUCUGUCUGUCUAUCCUCGGGUGACGCUGGUUGGGUGCGGUGCAGUGAGAUAUGCCUGCCUGCCUGCUUGUCUGUUCGCCUUCUCGAAGAGAACGGUGGCGUGCACGUCUGUCUGCCUGUCUGUCUGUCUGUCUGUAUCUAUGCACUGUACGGUUCUGUCUGGUUCGUGUAUGUAUGUAUGUAUUUAUUUCUAUCGCUGUCGGUUGUAUACUGAUUUCUGUCCAUGAGCCUGAGGAGCCAGCUAGCUACUUGUACAAGGGGCUGACUGUUCGAGUGACUGGUCCAUCGGCGCUGUCAGGAUCUGAUCAUAUCUCCUUGGUGGAUGCAGCGGAAUUCGACAAUCCAGCGGGCGAAUUCUGCGCCAUCUGCUGUGGUGAUCAGAUCAGACCCUGACGGUGCUGUGCGAAGAACAAGGAACGUCUGUUCAAUUGGGGACGACGCUGCCCCCAGAGAAUCGAAU